AUGCCUCAUCACGGCAACAUUUCGUUCACCCCAGGGGCGACCGGACUUUCCUUGGAACCAAGCCCCGUGACCAAUGAGAUAUCAAAAGACAAAAAUGUCCAUGUCAAGCCCACAGCUAGGAAAUUUGAUCAUCGAUUCAGCGCUGAGGGGUUAUCAUUGGCACCCACUCCGUUGAAAGACACCGUCAAAACGCUUGAUUUUGCCAAGAUGAUACCACUGGGAAAUGGAAGGCCCGCAUCAGAGAUGUUGCCAUGGGAGGAACUCACGAUGCGAGUUGCGAAGCGAGACACGGGUUUAAUGUCCUGCGUGAAGGGCGAAUCUUCCUUCGACCUGGCUGUAGCUUUGGACUAUGGCUGUUCUGGAGGAUCCACCAAGCUCGUCGACUUUUUGACCGAGCAUGUUGAGUCAAUCCAUCACCCACCAUACAGCGACUGGCAAACUUGUCUCUCUAUUGGGAGCACGUCAGCCAUCGAACGAGCUCUUCGCCUCUUUUGCAACCGAGGCGACUGGAUCCUAGUCGAGGAAUAUACCUAUUCUGGGCUCAUCACUGCGGGCAAGACUCUGGGCAUCAAUAUGCUGGCCAUUGAAAUGGAUGACGGUGGUCUUAAUGCCAAUGACCUUGAUGCUAAGCUGAGCGCUUGGGGCCCAGAGAAGGGCAAGAAACCUUUCGUUCUCUACACCGUGCCUUCUGGACAGAACCCGACGGGCAAAACACAGAGCGUCCAGCGCAAAAGACUUAUAUAUGAAGUUGCCGAGAAACAUGAUCUAUAUAUUGUCGAAGACGACCCAUAUUACUUUCUUCAACAUGGGAACUUCUCAAAGGGAACUUCUAACCUCACCGCCAAAGAAUAUCAAACGCAUCUCCCCGCGACAUACCUGUCUCUUGACCUGUCAGGCCGUGUGCUCCGUUUGGAUUCAGCCUCUAAGAUCUUGGCACCUGGACUGAGACUGGGAUGGGUCACUGGGUGUGCUCAGGUCAUAGGGAAAUUCAUUGAGCAAGCUGAUAUGAGCACUCUGGCCGCCAGCGGUCCUAGCCAAGUGAUGGUUCACAAGCUGCUCUGCGAAACUUGGGGUCAUGGCGGCUUCAUGAAUUGGUUGUUUGACCUAUCUUUGCAAUAUCGCAAGCGUCGAGACACUAUGUCUGCAGCCUGUGCGAAAUAUCUUCCGAGUGUUUGCCACUGGACCCUUCCGGCUGUUGGGAUGUUUCUGUGGAUCAAAGUUGAUCACACCCAACUGUCAAGCCGGUCAUCACCCCUUGCACUCGAGGAAAAGAUAUGCGAAGAGCUAGAGGGAAAGGGACUUAUGGUCGGCCGAGGCAGUUGGUUUUGGGUGGGCAGUGAAAGUAUGAAUGAACUUUGCUUUCGGUUGACUUUUGCGGCGGCUCCUCAAGAACGACUCGAGCAGGCAAUCCGCAUUCUGGCAGAGCAGAUUCUCUUGUACACUUAG